AUGCCGUCUCAGAAGUUUAUCAAGCUAGUCAAGUAUGACUUCUGCUUGGAAUAUCAAAUUGAUAUAUUUUUUGCCCAGACGUGGACAGAUAGCCGUCUUCGCUUCAAUAGCACCAUGAAAAUACUGACUCUGAACAGCAACAUGGUUGGCUUGAUCUGGAUCCCGGAUACAAUAUUUCGCAACUCCAAGACGGCGGAGGCUCACUGGAUCACCACUCCCAACCAGCUCCUCCGCAUAUGGAAUGACGGCAAGAUCUUGUACACCCUCAGGCUUACCAUUAAUGCUGAGUGCCAGCUGCAGCUGCACAAUUUCCCAAUGGAUGAACACUCAUGUCCUCUGAUAUUCUCUAGCU